AAACUUGAACAUCGGGCGAUGGCCAAAAAUCCCCUCUUUGGAUUUAGUAUUUACCUACCUCAACUAAUCAAUUUAAUGAUCAGCCAGACAAAUUUUGAAUAUCACUUCUUCUUUAUCAUCACUUCUCUCUCAGAUCAAAUGUCUGUGGGUUCAAUCCACCGACAGCGCAAUGGCAGUCCCCUUUUUGUCACCCACAACUCACCGACCAACGACUUUGAGAUGUUAUCUUGCGGCGUCUGCUGCUAAGCUCAGACCCUACAAGCGCACUCGGGUUGCUUGUCCGAGUAGGCCAAACUUUUGUGGGUUUGACCCGUUUACUGGUAGGAGGGGACUCUCGAGUCGGAGCAAGAUGGUAAAGGCCUCUGCUUUCAGGAGCGGCAGCGGGGAUGGUAUUGGUGGGGAGGAGGGGAUUAGGGUUUUCGAGCAGGAAGCUUUUGUCAGCAGCAAUCGCUCCGACUCCGAACUCAUGGCCGAUGGGCUCGAGUCGACCCUCAAUCGGCUGAGUAAAUGGGUAGCCUUCGGCCUCUUCAGCACGGUCAUCUUAUUGAGGCACGAUGCAGAGUCUAUGUGGGCUGCUAUGGGGUCCGUUAUUAAUGCGAUGCUAUCAGUUGUACUGAAACGAAUACUAAACCAAGAACGGCCUGUCUCCAACCUGAGAUCUGAUCCCGGCAUGCCAUCUUCUCAUGCGCAGUCAUUCUUCUUCAUGGUUGUUUUUGCUGUUUUAUCAAUUUUCGAAUGGCUCGGGGUUAACGGGUUCAGCGUGACUCUUGGCGUGCUCCUGUUAGCAAUUGGCGGUUACUUUUCAUGGUUACGGGUCUCGCAGCAGCUGCACACUAUCAGUCAAGUGGUUGUGGGUGCCGUAUUGGGUUCGGUCUUUUGCGGGUUGUGGUAUUGGUCAUGGAUUGCCGUGGUGUCAGGAGCAUUCAAUUCCAUCUUGUGGGUUCGAAUUCUUCUUAUUGUCGGUGCUGUUGGGUUCGCCGUAGGUUUCAUUUUGCAUGUCAUACGCCAUUGGUUCGAAACAUAAAUUCUCAGGAACAGUUUCUAAUCACUACCACUCAGCUCCGAUAUGAGCUUCAAGUAGGAAGACCGAAUAUUGAUUGGAUUGGGAAUUCACAACCAUUAAAUUUUAAGUCACUCGUUAUUGCCCA